GGCAGUUAGUCGGGGAGUUGGUCAGUUGUUGUUUGCCAGAAGACGACGGCUUUAGAGCAUCCCACAAACAUCUUUCCCCAACACACAGAUGGCUGCCGUGUUUUGGAUGGCAGCGGUGCUGGCCUUUACCCUGUUUACUGGAAACAGUUUGGGUGAUGUGGAUCAGAACAAGCUUGCACAGUUUGUACGAGGCAUCAACACAGAGUACAGCAUUGAAGGCCAGGUCAGUUGGGCUGUAAACAUCCCCGGAGACCAGGAUGUGAACAAGCUUAAGAAUAUCUUUAAAGAAGACCCCGCAGAAACUGUGAAUGACAAGGUUUCAAAGGAUGAAGUGUACCAAGGUACCAAUGUGGUUGCAGCAAAAUUUAAAAAGUUUCCCGAAUAUACUGAGCAUGCAGAGGCACGUGUUCUGGACAAUAUGAAACCUUUAGCUAACAGAGGUAAAGGUAAAAUUCUGCUCUUCUAUUCAUACCUUUCUCCAUGUGGUGCAAAGUGUACAAAUACAGACAAUGGGAACAAUAUCCUGAAAAAGAUUGAUACAGUCUGGAAGAACUACCAAUGGAAAGACCACGCCUUUGUGUUUUCUAAAGUUUUUGACAGGACCAGUAAAGGUACUGUGAUUAAAAAGACGGAAAUAGAGGCCGCCCUUACUCAGCUUGGAAAAUCCAAACUAGGUCACAAAAUAUUUCGUUGUUACAAACCAAAAAACAGAGAAUACAAAUGCACUAACUGCUACAUCAAAGGCAAACUUUUAAAUGAGUGUGUUGACAACAAUGUGUGAACAACAGGAGCUGUGGUGGGGUUGUCAUGGAGUAGAGCAGUUCUGGGGACCACACUGCUUCAGGCUUUAACUGGAUCAUAUUUAAAAUGGUAUUUUAUAAAAUAUAUUUAGCCUUAUUGAUUCUCCUUUAACUAAAAGCUUAUUACACUGAGGACCAAAAUACACAUAAAAUGUUUUCUUGUGCUUAGAUAAUUGUGAUUAUAAAGUGAUGUGAUUCAUAAACAGUUACAGAGCAUAAAGCUAAUUUUGUUCUAUACUCAAAAUGCAUAAUUGAAACUAAUGUUAAACCUUGAUGUUUGAUGUAUGUUAACCUGACUAAUUACGGGACUCAAUCAUUGUAUAAAGCAAUAUUAUACCCUCUGAUUUUCUG